AUCGCUAUAUUUCUAGAACUUGCAAAACGAAAGGCCGAUUAGACAAAAAAAGUAAAAUUGCAUUGCAAAAAUGGUUGAUUAUAGCAAAUGGAAAAACAUUGAGAUUUCCGACGAUGAGGACGAAACACACCCAAACAUAGACACGCCUUCGCUUUUUCGCUGGCGGCAUCAGGCUCGAGUCGAGCGCAUGGCUGAAGCGGAGAAGGAAAAGGAGGAGUUGAAGAAAAAGAGACAAAGCUUCCAGGCGCGUCUAAUGGAUGUGAAGGAGCGCAUCAGCAAAAAAGAGGGUGACGAGGCAGCUCUUAAGCUGGAAUUAGAAAAGAUCGAAAACGAGGGCAAGGCACUUGAUCGUGAGGAGAACGAGCUGCUGAAGAAAGAGAAAAAAAUGCCAUGGAAUGUUGAUACAAUAAGCAAACCAGGUUUCGAAAAGACGGUGAUCAAUACAAAGCCUGCACGCUCUGCAGAUGAAAACCUGACCGAGGAGGAGCGCGAGCAGCGCAUGAAAGAGUUCAUUAAAAAGAAUGAGCAACUGUGCAAGCAGUACGGCAUGCUGCGCAAAUAUGACGAUUCCAAACGCUUCCUGCAGCAGCAUGUAGAGCUGGUGUGUGAGGAGACAGCAAACUAUUUGGUCAUUUGGUCCAUCAAUCUGGAAAUGGAGAAAAAGCACGAUCUGAUGGCUCAUGUGGCGCAUCAGUGCAUCUGCAUGCAGUAUAUAUUGGAGUUGGCAAAGCAGCUUGACCGUGAUCCGCGUGCUUGCUUCAGCUCGUUCUUUUCCAAAAUCCAACAAUGUGAUCCCGAGUACCGACAGCAGUUCGAAAGCGAAAUUGAAGGCUUUAAGGAACGCAUUCAAAAGCGGGCAGAGGAGAAGUUGCAGCAAAUCAUUGCAGAGGUGGAAGAAGAGGAGAAACGGGAGCGCCUGGGACCAGGCGGCUUAGAUCCUGCCGAUGUCUUUGAAUCCCUGCCAGAUGAACUAAAAGCUUGUUUCGAGUCACGCGACGUUGAGCAGCUACAGAAGAUUAUUGCCACCAUGCCAGUGGAGGAAGCUAAGUAUCAUAUGAAACGCUGCGUUGAUUCUGGUCUUUGGGUACCAAAUGCUGCUGACGCGCCUCAGGAGGAGAAUGAAGCAGAGGCGAAGGCCGACGAUUCGGCUGACACUGCAAAACCAAAAGCAACAGAAGAUUCAAAGGAGAAGGAUAAGUCCAAAUCUAAAGAGGAGCCGAUAUAUUCUGGCGUUAGCACCGAUGACCUCGACUGAUCCGUUCCAUCAGCGCUCUUGUUGCUUGUUUACACUAUAAGUUUAAUUUUAAUAUAAAUCUGCCUACCCCCACUAUUGAGUUGAUAACGUUCAGUUUGUAUAUACAUACAUACAUUGAGAAACGAUACCUCAAAUCAAAUUCUUAGUAAACUGUGCGUGCAUUUUCAAAUAA